ACCUUUUCUUGUGUGUUUUCUCUCAUUUUUCAAAAUAAGUUUUGCCGUUAAAUGUUAGCGUAUCAUGAGUGAAAGGUAGCUGCUGUUAGCCAUCAUUGUUGCUUAAAUGAAUGCGCUUAGACAGAAUGUUGUGUUUUUCAUAAGGAGGUGUUGACUAGGCCAGUGUCGCUUUUCAAAUGCAUUCUUUUCUUUUAUUUUCUUUUUUUUUUAUAUAUUUCCCAUGUUGCCUUGUUAACAAUACUCACGUUCUAUGUCUAUUAUCUGAUGUGACUUCAUAUACAGACUCUGUCGCAAGCCAUAGUCAAAGUGGUUAUCCCAACAGAAAGGUACAUGCUUUUUUUCCUUUUUUUACCCCUCUAAAUUGGUGCACCGACUCAGAAACCCAAACAAAACAGACAACAUCCCAUAAUGAUCAUUUGAUCACUGCAUGCUACAGGGGGGCUGGUCAGUGUGUUUGAGCAAUGGUUCAAGUCGUCUCUCCCUACACACACACACACGAACGCACGCACGCACGCACACACGUAUGUGCCCAUUAUCAUUCAAAGUCACAAGGAAUCAACAACAAAUUCAAAGACACUAACUUCUGUUCAACAUGGAUAGUUCCGUCCAAAUAGAACCUCAUCAGCGCAACGACGACACAUUCCGACAUUCAAUUGCAUGUUCUUUUCAUGUAACUGCAAGUGUAUUUCACUCGUGUAGUGUCUCGGUCUGAACACUAGAGUGCACUGUUUUACCACUGCAUGCCUGACUAUCAAAGCCCAAAUGAGCGUUGUCUUUAGUACCGUUGCAGUAUCGGAACAUUUCUAUGAAGUCGACGGCGUGCGCGAUGCUUAAUUAUGGGGGGCUUAAAACCUCAAUGGCAGUGCAGAUAAAUGAGUCCCCCUCGUUAAGAGAUUGUCAUUACGCUAAAUGUUCUAAAUGCUCGUUUUCAACGUCUCGCAUUUUUUGGAAUCACGGCCGCGCACGCCCGCCAUCUGACCAUUGCUCACGUUCGCCGCCCUCCCCUCGUGGCCGCCUCGAGCCAAUCCGGCCGGCCCUACUGCCGAAUCCAAACAAGCCACUCUGACUUAGACUGGCCAUGACCUUUGACAAUGGCCUUGGUGAGCAGCACACGUUGAACUGUCUGCGGCAGCGCGGGACCCGAAAAAGGCGUCAUGGGAUGGAUUGGGAAAGUAUACGGGAUUGUACCCCGCCAUUGGUACGAUCGGCUCCAAUACCAAGAAUUUACUCUCUCUCAUCCACCGAAUGAUCGAGUUUGUGGUACGCGAAGGCCCAAUGUUUGAAGCCAUGAUCAUGAACCGGGAAAUCAACAACCCCAUGUACAGGUUUCUUUUUGAGAACCAGAGCCCAGCGCAUGUUUACUACAGGUGGAAGCUCUACACCAUACUGCAGGGCGAAGCGCCGGUCAAAUGGCGAACGGACGACUUUAGGAUGUUCAAGAACGGAUCCAUGUGGCGCCCCCCGCCUCUCAAUCCUUACCUCCACGGCCCGUACGACGAAGGCGACGAGGAGGAGGAAGAGGAGGACUCGCUCAAGAAAGGCUGCUUAAAAGAAGACGAGCGGGACAAGCUGGAAGAGAUGCUCCGCGGCUUGACGCCCAGGCGAGGCGACGUGGCAGAGGCCAUGUUGUUCUGUCUCACGCACGCCGAGGCCGCCGAAGAGAUUGUGGAAUGCGUCGCAGAGUCCCUCUCUAUCCUCAAGACGCCUCUGCCCAAGAAGAUCGCACGGUUGUAUCUGGUGUCCGACGUGCUGUACAACUCCUCUGCCAAAGUGGCCAACGCCUCCUACUACAGAAAAUAUUUUGAAGUCAAACUCUGCCAGAUUUUUGCGGACCUCAACGCCACGUACAAAACCAUCCAAGGUCACCUUCAGAGUGAAAACUUUAAGCAACGUGUGAUGUCGUGCUUCCGAGCGUGGGAGGACUGGGCCGUGUAUCCCGACCCCUUUCUCAUCAAGUUGCAGAACAUAUUCCUGGGGCUCGUUAACCUGGCGCCCGAAAAGGAGCCUGUGGGAAUUCCCGUCGAGUCCGAGCCCGCGGAGGACAUCGACGGCGCUCCGAUAGGCGAGUUCGCGGACAGCUCGCCCAUCGAGGACGUGGACGGGAUGCCCAUCGACGGCGGGCCCAUCGACGGAGCCACGAUCGACGGAGCCCCGCUGGACGACCUGGACGGCGUUCCCAUCAAGCCUUCGGAGGAGGACAUUGACGGAAUACCUUUCGACCAGUCCAAGGAGGCCACUUUCAAGGUGGCGCCCUCAAAAUGGGAAGCCGUGGAUGAGUCGGAGCUGGCGUCUCAAGCUGUGACCACGUCGAAAUGGGAAGCAUUUGAGCAGCCCGAAGAACCAAAAAGGUAUGCGGAGAACAGCGACGAGGAGCGGAGUCCCCGCUCGGCGGUGGCCACCCCGGGCUACUCCAACCCCGCCAGGGACGACGCCGACCUGAAGGCCAAACUGAACGAGGAGAAGCGGAGCAAACUCCGAGAGAUAGAGGUGAAAGUCAUGAAGUUCCAAGACGAGCUGGAAUCAGGGAAGAGGCCCAAGAAGCCCGGUCAGAGCUUUCAGGAGCAGGUGGAACAUUACAGGGACAAACUACUGCAGAAGGAGAAGGAGAAGGAGAAACAAGAGCGGGAAAAAGAGCGAGAGAAGAGGGACAAAGAGAAAGCGGACACCAGGUUGAAAGACUUGAAGAAGGACAAGGAAGACACGCCCACCAGGAAAGAUAAGUACUCGUCCCCGGCCGUCGAGAGGAAGCGACGACACAGCAACUCCCCCAGCCCCUCGCGUGGUGGCGGCGGUAGCAGCAGACGGGCCCGCUCGCCGUCCCCCCGCUCAGAGCGGUCUGAGCGUUCGUACUCAAAGGAUACGUCCUCGCGCUCUUCUCACAAGGACUCCCCGCGCUCUUUGGUUAAGAAGUCCUCAAAGAGAUCUCCGUCAUCACCUCGCACGCCCAAGCGCUCGCGGCGGUCGCGCUCCCGGACGCCCAAGAAGUCGAGCAAAAAAUCCCGCUCCAAGUCUCGGUCCCCGCACAGUCGAUCUCACAAAAAAUCCAAGAAGAGCAAACACUGACAACCUCUAAGAAGCAAAGCCGCCACUGUGUCACCGAGUUGAUGGGGCCGUUGUACUAUAAAUGAAGCGUGCGUGCAUGGGUGGGCUGGGAGUCUCCUUUCUGUUUUAUAUUGUACAAAAAAUGUGCGUGCGUGCGUGCAUGUGUGUGCGUGUAUGUAUGUGUGUGCGUGUAGCCCACAAAACAACACUCAAUUUGAUACGAGUGUGAUGACAAUAGUUCGCCAUUAAUCCAUGCGGUCAUUUUUCUGUUUUUGUAGUCCUCAUUGAAAAUAAUUCCUAAUAAAAGUUUCAUUUUCGUUCUG